UUUUGCAACCAUCCGUAGUAAACAAUGUCUGGUGGCGCAAACUUUAAAGAGAGAACUGUACAAAAUGUUUUGCUGCAAUUCUUCAAAGAUGACAGAACAAAAGUAAAUGCAGAGGCACUGAAUUUAGUAACAGAACUCCUAAACAUAUUUGUAUCUGAAGCUGUCCUGAGAACAAUUAAUGAGGCAAAGAAAGAUCAUCAGGACCAGAUACCCUUAGAUUAUUUUGAAAAGAUAUUGCCUCAGUUGUUGCUGGAUUUUUGAAGAUUUAAUAAUCAAUUAUUCAUGAAGGAAUAAAGUAUAAAAAUCAAUGAA